AUGCCAUCCCCGUGUUGCACAACUGUCGUUAACCCUAUCACCAAUGAGCGUAAGCAAUACUACUUUGAUGAUUGUGUAUGGUCUUGUAAUCCCAAAGAUGAGAACUACAUGGACAAUAAGCAAUUCUACAAUAAAUCAGGACCAGACUUGCUAACACACUUGUUUGAAGGGUUCAAUGUUUGUUUACUCGCUUACGGACAGACAAGCUCAGGUAAGACAUAUACAAUGAUGGGCGAAGACGAGCUGCCUGGCGUUAUUCCGUCCUUGAUAAAGGACAUUCUCAAGCAGAUGGAAAUCUCUGUAAGCCAAAAAGUUCAAUGCGAGUUGAGAUUUUCUUAUGUCGAAAUUUACAACGAGCAGGUCAUGGACCUACUCAACAAAGACCAAAAUGUAAAGUGUCGAGUUCGUGAAAACCCUCAAACAGGUCCAUAUGUUGAGAACGUAAAGGAGGCCAUAGUCUCUAGCUACGAGCAGUUUUUGGAACUUUUAAAGUUGGGCAACAAGGUGAGGUCCACUGCUUCAACCUUGAUGAAUGAGCUCAGUUCAAGAUCCCAUGCUGUUAUAACGUUGACGCUAUUGCAAACAAGAUACGAAAAUGAAGCUGAAGGUGGCAUAGGGAACGCAAGUGAGCAAAUGACUUCAAACAUCAAAUUAGUCGACUUGGCUGGUUCAGAGAGGUUAGCCAAGACAAAGUUGUAUGGCCAACAACAGCGAAUGAAAGAAGGAGCACUGAUUAAUAAGUCUUUAACUGUUUUGGGUCGCUGUAUCAACUUGUUGGCACAAAAGAGCACCAAGUCAAUAAUACCUUACAGGGACUCGAUCUUGACAUACCUUUUGAAGGAAAACCUUGGUGGUAAUUGUAAAACUUGUAUGCUAUUUUGCAUAUCUCCAUUGGAUUACGAUGAAACAACGCAAACGCUCACCUAUGCAAGUGAGGUCAAGAAAAUCAAGACUUUGGCCAAAGCGAAUAGAACAAAGUUGCCAACUGUGCCGGUCAAUUGGGACGAAUUAAAGAACUCAGAAAACAGCGUAAUUGAUUCACUCCGGAGUGAAGUUGAGACAUUGACAAAUAAAUUGACAAGAUUGGAGUUGGAGAAGGAUAACCUUUCUUCUAAACUGGAGCUGACAUUGGUAGAACAGGAAGAAACUUCCAAUGUUAAACGUUUGAUGGAGUAUCUUGAGAAGGAGUCGGCAAGAGCAAAAUUUGAGAAUAGAUACUUGAAACAACACUUGGCAAAAAGGGACAAACAGAUUACGGAACUACAAAGCCAAGUCGAUUUUAUAUACCGCUUUGAAAAAACAAAAGUACUUCUAAAUAUAAAUCUUCCACCUACCGGACAUCAAGGGAUCACGUCAGAAAUGGAUACAUUGUUCCACUCUUCUGUCCAGGAAGCAGUACAACUUACUAUCCAGAACCACAAACCUUUAUUUGUGUUUUUAGCGCUGCUGGAGAGCACAACCAAUGAUACUUUCUUGAAUAAAUUUAUCGGAGAACAAACAGUUUCACGGUUGCGUGAAAAGACAGUGCCUUUAAAAUUAGUACAGGGCAGUAUCGAGUUUGGUUACUUUGAGCAACUUUUCAAGAACUUGAUUGUGCCCAGCUUCUACAUUGUGCUGCAGGGGAAACUUCAAACAGUGGUCACACUCGACUUUUCAAAUGACAACUUUGAUAGGUGCAUAGCUCAGCUUUCAGCAGGGCAUAAUGACUCAGGCAACACGUCUCUGUCUACUGCUACUAAUACUACUACUACCACUACCACCACUACUCCUUCCUUGACAACUUCCUCGCAAAUGCCACCCACUGCUCAAACUUCCACUGGUGAUAGGCUGGUACCACAUCCAUCGAGUGCUCAUACCACUGGUAGCCAAAUGUCAACAAAUGCACAUCCUACUACUGACGAUGAGCAUGAGCAAUCGGUUCUAAGGCACAGGAGAGUGGUUGAGCAGCAAAGACAAGAAAAGCUAGCGGAGAAGCAACGCUUGAGAGAAUUAGUGGAAGCUGAUAGGAGAGAAAGGCAAAGCAGAGAACGUGAGGAGAAGGAAAGUGUAGUUGACGGUGUGAGUCCUGUCUUGCAAGGGUCAUCCAGAAAGCUGGGACAUACUAAUUGCCUUUUGGCGAUCAAAUUAUUUAAUGGGAGCACCAUCAAACAGGAUUUCAAACCAGAUGAUACACUAGUCACUGUGCGCGCCUACCUCGACGAAGAGGUGAAAAUCAUACCUUCCACCAGUAACAUGCCCUCGUUUGCCAGCACGACGUACCCUACAGGAUAUUCCUUCCACAGGCCUAGUUUACCCCGCAUUACCUAUUCCGAGGAGCAGGAAUCCCAGUCAUUGGCUGAUCUUGACUUGACACCCAGAUCUAUAUUGAUUCUUAAGCCAACGUAUGAUCAGACACAAUCCAACAAAAAGGAGUCUCGAAACGCCAAGGUGGGAGUAAUCCGAAGCGUUUAUAAUUUUGUUAUGGGAAUAGGAAGGGCAUUAUACUCAUUCUUUGAUUAUGGUGUGGACGAUGUUCAGAGACAAAUUAGCACAGAAUCACCAGCAGCCCCACACCAAGAGGAUGAAAUUUUAGACCUUCACCAACCGAUCGCACCGGGUGUGCUAUCACUUGGGGAUAGAGGAUUGUCGUCUUCGCUAAUAAGCCUUGAAAGGGAUGAGGCGACCCCUCUAGAAUCUCGAGCUUCAAGUCCCAGGCCCACGUUGAGUCGAGUUCAAACCAUUCACGAUGAGGUCAGAGAUACCUUGCGAGAUACGUAUAAUGGUAACAGCAUCAACCUCAGAGAUGAUGACCAAGAUACAUAG